AAUUUACCACAUAUUUUUUAGCCUCAAGAAAAAUACAUUUUAAUAUAAUGAACCGAUUAUUUACACUCGCGUUGUUUAUGUUGGUUAUUGGGUCCAUAUAUUGCCAGUACUCGGGUGGCGGUGCCGGCGCAGGUAACGGACAGCAGGGUGGCGGCGGCUCUAUGAGGGACACAGCGAGCAAAGUGGGUCAGGCGGCGUGGGGUGUGGCCAAGACUGCGGCCCAAAUGACACCACAGGGCCAGGCAGUGAUGCAGGCGAAGAAUGCGUACGACGGCGCCAAAAAAGUAUACAACACCUAUCAGAAUGCACGUGUUGGCGUACAAUUAAUUAGCGGCAAACAUCGCGACCACUAUCACGACAAUCGUCACGAUAUAUUUGACGGACCCAACAGUCCGGAUGACCACGAGCUGCACCACUAUCUACUCACUAAUAAUCUUCAGGACAGUAAUCACCGCAAACGGGUCCACAAAGUGACCAUCGAGACAAAGGGCUACGCUUAUCAAACCAUUGAGUUGUCUCGCAAACGCAGAGAUACUAAUAGCACGAGUGAUACAACAGCGAAGCCAGUGGCAGCGGCGGUGCCGGCAUUGGCCGCUCCGGCAGCGACUGCCGUUCAACCCGUGGCCACCAAUGCUGUCCGCACGGGUCGGACGUAUGGCAACAAUCAAAUGAAUCGACGCUCGUAUAACAUGACCCGUACCCGCACGUGGAGACGGUCUAAUGUCACCCGAACCCCCAGGGUUAAUAAUGGUGGCUAUGCCGGCUAAUGUUGUGAUGACCAU